AUGUCUCAUUCCAAUCAAGCAAUUGGCGCUUCCACGCGCUCGCUACACGCGGAUGAUGAGCUUAAUGUAGUUACCGACGUUGCUCCCCCGCUGCAUGUCUCUACGACCUUCCGAUACUCAGACAAUCCGGACGAACUGGUACCCCUCACAGAUCUCAGCGGCUAUGAUCAAGAAAGGACCAGUCACGUCUAUUCACGUCUCUCCGCACCCAAUCCCACCCGUUUCGAAGUCAUUUUGUCGUCGCUCCUCAACGGCGAAGCAAUCAGCUAUUCCUCGGGACUAUCCGCCCUGAACGCCGCGCUUGUUUUGCUGAAUCCUCGGCGAAUUGCCAUCGGUAAUGGCUACCAUGGGUGCCACGGUGUGAUCGAAAUGUUCGGCCGCCUGACAGGGCUCCAGAAGCUAGAUCUCAACUGCCCCGCCGAGCAGUUGGAGGCCGGAGACGUUAUCCUCUUGGAAACGCCCGUAAACCCGCAAGGAACUGCUUUCAACAUCGCAGCAUACGCGGACAAGGCCCAUUCCAGAGGCGCCUACCUGGUUGUCGACAGCACAUUCGCACCGCCAGGCCUACAAGACCCCUUCAUCUGGGGUGCUGAUCUGGUCAUGCAUUCCGGGUCCAAGUACUUUGGCGGGCACAGUGAUGUUCUCUGCGGUGUCCUUGCAACACAGCGCAAGGAUUGGGCGAAGAAGCUCUUCCAGGAUCGAUUGUUCUUGGGCAGCGUGAUGGGUAAUAUGGAGAGUUGGCUCGGUGUGCGCAGUCUGCGCACCCUCGAGAUUCGCGUCCAGCGCCAGAGCUCGAACGCGGCGAACUUGGUCUCGUGGUUGGACAAGGCACUGCGCUCGCAGAAUCCCGCACCGGGUAGCGAUGAAGCCGUCACGCAGGCUGCUCUCGAGCAAGUCUUCCACGCGAGUCUCCAGAAAGAGGACGAGGAGUGGCUACUGAAACAGAUGCCCAAUGGCUUCGGGCCUGUUUUCUCCAUCACCAUGAAGGAGGAGGAUUAUGCGCGGAAGCUGCCCAGCAAGCUUUCGUUCUUCCAGCACGCUACCAGUCUUGGAGGGGUGGAGACGUUGAUCGAGUGGCGGACAAUGAGUGAUGCGAAGAUAGAUCGUCGGUUGCUUCGGAUCAGUGUAGGGUUGGAGAACUGGGAGGAUCUCAAGAGCGAUCUUGUGAGUGCUUUCAGGGCGCUCACUGGGACCAAAUAA